AUUCGUAACGAUGAAGCGUUGCUGUCAAAGGCAAACGAAAUGCAACCUCUUUAUUCUAUCUGUCUCUUUCCUACUUUUCCAUUCCGCACUCGACCUACUUCAAAUUCUCCAUUACGGCCACAAAUCCUCUGAGGGUAUAGCAUCUUUAGGUGUUCUGCAUGGAGUAACAGUUUUUUCAUGUUUGUUGGUACCCCUUCUUCUGAAGACUUUUGGAUUGAAAAAAACGAUGGCAAUUAGCGGUAUCCUUCUAUUGGUUUAUGCAACAUCUUCCUCAGUUCCAUCACAUCAAGUCUUACUUCCCUCAGCUAUUCUCUUGGGUUUAAUUACGGCCCCUCUUUGGAGUGCACAAUGCUCUUACUUGACAACAUUAACCUAUAGAUCAAUCGAAAAUUCGAAAGAGACAGCAGAACAAGCAGUUGGUCGUAGUGUCUCACUGUUCGAGUCAACAACAAGAACAUCGAGAAUUUUUAGCGGAUUGGCUGCAACAUUUUUGCUUAAGCAUUCAAAUUCAACAGCUGCAGGCAACUCUACUAUAAUACCAGAAUGUGGAGCGACCAACUGUAAUCCAGUCAGCUAUUCAUUGCUUCUACCGCAAAUCACAGACAAUGCUCAAAAAUUCAUUACUAUAUUCAGUGCUGCUUGUGUCCUUAUUGGAGUACUUUUAUUAGUUUCUUUUUUAGAUGAUUUAAAAGAGAACUCUUGUGGACGUUGUAGUACCCGAGAAGCCCUAUUGGAUACGGUUCGUUUGUUGAUGAAUCGUAGAUUACUGCUUCUUCUACCCUUGAUUGUUUGUACUGGUAUAGAGCAAGCCUUUAUUGUUGGGGACUUUGCCAAAGUGAGUUUAAUAUCUUAAUAUCUUUACCAUUUACCCUUGAAAAGGAGCUGGAAAAUCUUUUAACUUUAGAAAAGAAACUAAAUGUGUUAAAAGAAAGGAAGUUCAUUGAAGAGUUUAAGGGGAAAGUCUGCUCCUUUUUCCGUUUUUUUUUCACACUAUUUGUUACUCAAUUCUAUAUUUUGCCAAUUGCCUUACACAAAAAGCCCUUAACUUUGUGAGAAAAGGUCUUUUCUAACACCGCUCUCUCACGCCAUAUAACAUAUACAAUCCGAUUAAGUUAUAUCCUAGAAUAGCGCAAUCUUGCAAGAAACGUAAAAUUUUCCGCAUAAUAGAUUCUCUUAACACAGAAGUAGAUAGUCUAAACGGAAGAUUCAUUUCAUAUUCCGCUUUAUUUAUUACUAGUUUCUCUAUGAUUCUCUUCUUUGAAAUGGUAGUGUUUUCUAAAAAUGAUGUCCUUUCACUGGACAUUAAAUCUUUGAGGACGCAAAGGCCUAUGAUUCCUCUUUCAUUCGCAAUGCAACAUCAAUCUGUGAAAUGAAAAAGGUUUUUACUAGCUAAACGGGGAAAUCGGAGAAGAAUUGUUGCAUGCAAAAAAAAGGAAAGCAUAUAAAAGAAAAAGCAAACACUAAUGACAAGAAGCACUUAGACGACCUCAUUUAUACGGGAACGAUUCUGCUGCAAUGUUCUAGCUGCCUUAUUCUUAGACCUGGAAAUCUUAUAUCUCAAUAGAAUAGAUCUAUCUCACAAAAAUUUUAUAUUUUUAUGUGCAGUGUAUGGUAACAAAUGGUGCUGGAAACUGCAUCUAAGGUUCUUAAAAGGAAUUUGGGAGCCAACUGUUCGGAAAUGAGAAAACGCUUGAAGCAUACUAAACAGAAUUUUACUCUUACAUAACUCUUCAUUACGUAACUUUUUUUUCAAUCGUUAAAUGAUAAAUUUACGAAGUGAUAAUUCAAAGGAUAUACGUUUACGCUACUAAUUUAUAUGAUAAUAAGAUAAUUUCGGUUCUAUCUUAACUAUAGAUGAUUAAAGGCGUAAGAAUAGUUCAAUUUAAUUUAAUUCCUUUUCGUUUAGUCGCGUCUUCUUUCUUCAGCCUUUAGUUUCAGACUGAUAUUUAAAAAUUUGUUUAUUGUUUUUAGUAACGAAAAAAAAUAUCUUGCCGUUGGGAAAUUGCUAUAGGAUUUUAUAAAGAUCUAGUAUUAGAUUAUUUAGGGACAAUGAUAAAAAAAAAGUUAAUUUAAAAGUUCGUUAAUGGCCUGCAGGUAAAUUAUGGCCUAUUCUAUUUACCUAAUGAUUUAUUCAAGGGAGUUUCUCUCCACAUACGCAAUAUGUAUAAUUUACAUCCUUAUUGUAAAGUAUAUCUAUUGAAAGGUUGUUUUUUUUUAGUUCUGAGCGUCAGACCAAUUGUUUUCGGUUAGUAAAGUGGCAUUAGGCCCAAUCUGAAAAGAGAAGCUUACACUCAAUUAAUCUGCAAAAUUAAGGUCCUUCUAAACUACUGUUCAUUUGUAACGGCUGUGACUAAUGGCCUAUUUAAAAUAUGUCGACACUGAAAUGUCUUUACAGAAAGAGGAUAAAAAAAAACAAAAAAAUAAAUUUUCUGCUUACUCUUUCUUGAGUAAAAUAGGCCGUCAGUUUAGUUUGUCGCUAAUAGCCAGUGACGCCCAGUGAUGCAGUGCACCAUAUAUUUGCAUACUCUGAAGAAUAUUAUCAGAACUUUGAUAGCAGG